AGUUGUGGUGCACGCUCAUCAAAUUGCGAAGCAGAUAAGGCUAAGGCCGAUGAAGCUGAAACUGAAACUAAACUUUUGACUUCUUGCGCUGAAAAGUUGUGAAAAGCUAACUGAAAAAGACUUGACAGCCGUUAACUUGACAACCAUUCUGAAGGCCGCUAAGUUAUAAAACAAACUAUAAAAUACUUAAAUAAAUACAGUACCUACUAGAAGUUGUAGCCUGAAUGUGAAAAAGGGUGGAGAAGAGCGCAUUACUCGUAUGACUUGGCCAUACAAAUAAUUGUCAGCAGCAAUUAACAACAGACUAAUUUUUUUGCUGUAAGCUGUGUGGCAAACAUUGAAUAUUAAGAAAAAAAAAAACGUGCAACAAACAUAAAAGAAUUAUUUUCUAAGCUCACAGCUUGUACGAGUAUUGCGUGGCAUGCCACUGCCAACAAACGCAUGCCGCCUGGUCAUGAGCCAAAGAAAAAAUCAGAACAAUUUGACAUUUCGAAAAUCAAAUUACAAAUACAAGCGUAGAGACAUGUUCACAAUGCGCGCACUUCCUGCCAAAGCGGAAGCGCGUAUGCCAAACCAAUUAGCGGCAACAUUGUCACAGACGUCAGCAGCAUCAGAAGCGGCGGCAGCAGCAGCAGGAGCAGCAACAACAGCAACAACAACAGCAACAGCUACAGCAACUGGUAGCCGCAAAUGUAGCCCAAUUUUAAGUUUAUUUAUAGUAAUCGCAUGGAAGUAUCUGCAAGAAAAGCCAAAACGCUUCGCAUGUCUUGCGCGCCAAAUUGCCGGUGACAGUGUUAACCAUGACGUCAAUCGCAGUAGCAACAUGUCUCAACUAAGACAUCAACCGGCAGCAGAAGCAACAGAAGCCGCAGCAGCAGCAGUAGCAGCAGCAGCAGACACGGAGCCAGCAGCACAAAACGCAGAUGUUGCUGACGCUAAUGACAAGUUGUCAGUGGCAUGUGAGCAGCAACAGCAGCAGCAGCAGCAGUGGCAGCAGUGGCAACAUUUAUCUAGUUCUAGUCCAGGAAAGAGCAGACGCUGCAGCACCUCGUGGCCGUCAUCAAUGAAAAGCCCAACAAAAGCAACAACAGUCAAGUCUGGCCAAGUGGCGACAUCACCAUCACCAACACCAACACCAACACUAUCGUCAUCAUCGUCAUCGUCGCCCAUUCAUAGCUGGUGUUCUUUGACGACUCUGUUAAUUGCCCUGAUGCUGAGCAUGCGUCUUGUGGCGGCUGGAACCUGCUGGCAAACAGCACUCGGCAGCGGCAAAUGCAAUCAAAUCUUCUCAACAAACAUCACAAAGUUGGAAUGUUGUGGCGCCAACCAAGCCUUCUCCUACACCGAUCGCGAGCUGAGCAGUGUGGAGUAUUUUUUUGCCACGGCCAUCGGAGGCGGUGUUGAGUGCGCGCCAUGCAUAGAGAGUUGCAAGAGUUUCAAAUGUGGGCCAAAUAAAAAGUGCGUCAAACGCAAGGGUCGACCCAAAUGUGUGUGUGCGCCCGAGUGUGGAGCGGCAUUGCGCCGGAAGCAGCAACAGCAACAGCAACAGCAACAGCAGCAGAAGCAGCAGCAGCAACAGCAACAACAACAAAAACAACAUCACAAUAUGCAUGAGAAGUCGCCUCGCGAUACUCGUAGUCUAAGUAGCGAAAUAACAAACAUCAAUUUAGGUUUAGAUGGCGCCAAACGCCAGUAUAAACAGAACGACAGCAGCAACAUCCACAGUGGUGGCAACAACAGCAACAACAGCAACAAAGCUGAUAACCAAAGAAGACAACAGCAACAACAAUACAAACAAAGCCAAGAGAAGCCAAUGCCGCGCCACAAUCAUAGAAAGGUGCAGGGCGAAACAAAACAUAGAAGACUUUUGAUUAUAGACAGCAGCAAUUUGCAAGAGGGAACACAGCUGGAGCGCCAACAACCCACAACCAGACGGCUGCAUAUUCAGAGCAAAAGCAACAUGGAUAUGGAUAUGGAGAUGACGAUGACGAUGCCAAUGCCGGCAAUGACGGCACAUGCGAGCAACGAGCGACGCAGACAUAAAAAUAAUAACAGCAAACACUUAACAAGAUCAAUGACGACGUUGGCAACAUCGACGACAGGAGCCAAUGACUCGUCAACACCGCCACCAGCAGCAGCAACAGCAGCAACAGCAACAACAUUAGCGCCAACACACAUCAGAGCGACAGCAGAUUCAGCUACGUCUAGACAUAAGACGGCAAAUGCUAAUGAACCCGCCAACGACAUUAAUAGGCAAGAGUAUGGGCAAGAGCAAGACAAUGCCAACAUGCUGGCUGGAACUGAGGCUCAAGCUCAAGCUCGAGCUCGAGCCCGAGCCCGACUCAGACACAUGCAUCAACAUGGCAGACGUGUUGAGCACGCUCCAAAUCACGACCAACAAUACGACAAUGCUGAUCAGAGCAACAACAACAACAGCAGCAACAGCAACAGAGGCGGCCACAAUAGUCAACGAAAACGUAAACACCAACAACGUCUGCAUAAACAGCGUAAGCAUAAGGAUCAGCAAAUGGGCAGCAGCAGCAGCAGCAGCAAGAGCAAUGCAACAACAACAAGAGCAGCAGCUGUGACAGCUCUGAGCAUUCCUGCAAAUAACACAAUGUCUGGCAUACGUCGCCGUUUAUACGACAGUGAACGCGGAAGUGAAACAGCUACGUCAUCGGUAACGUCCACGUCUGGUGGUGGUGAUGCUGAUGCUGUUGUUGUUGCUGCUGCAACAGCAUCAACUUCUGAUGGCAGGCGACGGCACAAAGGCCGCCAGGGCAGCCACAACAGCCACAACAGCCAUAAUAAUAAUAGCCAGAGCCCCACUAAUGCCGAUGAAUUAGCAUUUCUCGAUGGAAUUUAUGAUCACGAGUCUGGCUUUUUGGCGCAGUCCCAGCCCCAGCCCCAGCCAAAUGGCAUAUUGCAACACACAAAUCCGGUUUGUGGCACCGAUGGACGCACCUACAAUACCGAAUGCCAACUGCGCAAGCGCGCCUGCCGCACCAACAGUGCCGUCACAGUCGCCUAUCGCGGACAUUGCAAAACCAGUUGUAACGGAGUCAGUUGUCUGAAUGGACUAACCUGCGUCGAAGAUCAGAAUAUGAUGCCACACUGUAUAGAAUGCGAUAUUAAUUGUCCCUGGGCCGAUGGGGCACAAGAUCUGGACGGCGAUGGCCAGCCCGAUGACGAUGGCAUUAAUGGGGAGCAUGCGGUGUGCGGUGUGGAUGGCAAAACAUAUAGGAGCACAUGUGAUAUAAAUCGUAUGAUUUGCAAAAUUGGACGUUCCAUAGCCGUGGCAUAUCCUGGACCGUGUCGUGCCGACCGAGUCAGCUGUGCGGACAUCAAGUGCGGACCAAGGGACACUUGCCUGGUGGACUUGCAGACCCAUAUGCCACGAUGCGUCGCCUGCCGCUACAAAUGUGCACGUAAACAGCAGCAAAUGCAACAUCAAAGCGGCAAUCUGUGCGGUGUUAAUAAUCGCACCUACAAUUCGUGGUGCGAAAUGCGGAAGGAUUCGUGUGCCACGGGCUAUUUUAUAGGCAUAAAGUCAGCUGGCGGAUGUACUUGAGGUCACAUCUCUGACCUAAAUAAUUGAAAAUUUAUUAGAACAAAUAUUUAGAAGCAGCAACAUUAUGUAUACUUAUGUAUUCAAAUCGCAUGUCUUGUCUUGUUAGUUAAAUAUCGGGUCUAGAAGUUUCACUUACUACCAAGCAUGUCGUCAGUCAGCGAUGCAAGCAUGGUCAGGCAAGAUAAUAGGUAUUCAAUAUCUAAUUGUCAUCAUAUAUGCGGCUGGCGAUAUCCCAUAAUUACUGCAUACGUUUAUAUUUAUGUGUAGAUCCAGCAUCCAAAGAAUCUCGUUGUGCGUCUGUAUGUUGUAAACUGUGCAUUACAUUAGCCUUCUACACUUGCACCUACACAUAAAUACAUAUUCAUAUUAGUGAGUUUCUGGCCUGCAAUUCUAUAGCUACCAACAU